GAGCCCCGCUAAAAUUUUAAGUCGAAUUUUUGUGAAUUCAAAAGUUGGCGGGGCUCAAGAUCUUGAUCUUUUGCGCCCAGUACAACAAUCUGGUUGAUUCGAACCAGAUCGCAAAUAAUUAGCCAUGUCGUCUAUGAUUACCACCUCUACGUGGGUGCCGAGAGGUUUUGCGGCGCCCUUCCCGGCAAAAUACGAUUUUGACGAAGACGAGUUCGAGAGAAUAGCCAACCUAGCUAAGCUGCAGCUAAAUGAUGCGAACGAGGAUUUAAAAGAGGCGCAAGAAGAGGAUGGAGACGAAGAGGAAGAAACAAAUAAGGAAAGCAGCGAGAAAGACACAGGCGACUCAAAUGAUAAACCCUCAUCACAGAGUGGCGAUGCUGAAGACAUUGACAUUGACGACGAUGACCUCAAGAAGUACGAUUUAGAGCACUACGACGACGAUGACGACGAGGGCGAAGGUCAGAGCAUGGAUAUGUUUGGAAACAUAAAAUCUCUAGCCUACUACGAAUCCAACAAGGACGACCCCUAUAUCACAAUACCCGAGGGCGAGGCCGAUGAUGACGAUGACAGGGAGGAACUACAAAUUUUAGCGACAGACAACCUCUUACUAGCCGCCAAGGUCGAAGACGAGCUUGCGCAUCUCGAGGUCUACGUAUACGAAGACGAAGCGGACAAUCUCUACGUACAUCACGACAUAAUGCUUCCCGCGAUACCCCUCUGCGUUGAAUGGCUAGACAUUCCCGUAUCGAAAUCCAACGUGGAUAAAGACUCGACAGCCAACUUCGUCGCGAUAGGGACAAUGGACCCCGACAUCGAGGUCUGGGACCUGGACACCAUAGACUGCAUGUACCCGAACGCGAUCCUAGGCCAGGGCGCGAACCCGCAGGAGGAAGAGAAGAAGAAAAAGAAAAAGAAGAAGUCGAAGAAGGCCAACGACGAGUACCACGUCGACGCGGUCCUGUCCCUGGCCGCCAACCGGAAACACCGAAACCUCCUCGCUUCCGCGUCGGCGGAUAAGACCGUGAAGCUGUGGGACCUGCACACGGCGAAGUGCGCCAAGUCUUACUCGUACCACACGGACAAGGUGUGUUCGCUGGCGUGGCACGCCGUCGAGUCGACGGUGCUGCUGAGCGGCAGCUACGACCGCACGGUGGUCGCGGCCGACAUGCGCGCGCCCGAAGCCAAGGCGCCGCGGUGGGGGGUAGAAAGCGACGUCGAGAACGUGCGGUGGGACCCGCACGACCCCAACUACUUCUUCGUGUCGACGGAGAACGGGAUCAUACACUACCACGACAUCCGCAACGCGCCGGCGAACCCGUCGGCGAGCAAGCCGGCGUGGACGCUGCAGGCGCACGACGAGUCCCUCUCGUCCUUCGACGUCAACGCGCACAUACCGGGCUUCAUGGCGACGGGGUCGACCGACAAGACGGUCAAGCUCUGGAACAUCCAGCCGACGGGCCCCGCCAUGGUGGUCUCGCGCAACCUCGACGUCGGCAAGGUGUUCGCGACGAACUUCGCGCCCGACCCCGAGGUCGCCUUCCGCCUCGCCGUCGCCGGCAGCAAGGGCACGAUGAACGUCUGGGACACCAGCACGAACGGCGCCGUGCGCCAGGCCUUCGCGCACAAGAUCUCCGACAAGGACAAGGCGGGCGCGGACGGCAGGGAGAGAUUAAUCGGCGUCGAGGAAGACGAGAGCUCCUCGGACGAGGACGAAGGCGAGGACGAGAACGGCGAGCCUGAAUCCAUGGAUGAGGAUUAGGAUUAAGAUUACCUUCCUAGGUCAAGAUGGGCCUCAUCGCGGCUUGGGGCUGUGCGAUAUGUCUCGCGGUUAGAUCAUAUUAUGUCGCGGCUAGAUGCGUUUCUGGUUCGACAGUCUGGUGCUUAGGUACUUAGGUUGGGGGGUCCCCAUCAAGUUACACGGAUCAGAUAACAUGUUUCUGGUUUCAUGUGUUCGGACGAACCAGUUCAAAGGCGGGUUUAUUUAUAAACGUGUCAAUGUAUCAAAUGCGAACGGGCUGGGAAACGGGGUCAAAGCCAGGCGCGGUCGGUUGAAACCAGAAAGGGAUGUGUGACACCUUGCUCUGAACCAGACUUUGACAGCUCGCCUAAUACAGAUGAAUGCUACCUACCAUCCCGUUCCCCUAAUCAAGAUAUGAAAGUCGCUUGUCUUGCAAGAUCGCGAGAUCGUGAGAUCUACGGUGCCUCUGGAUUGCAUGGCGAUGGGAUUCAGUUACACGAGGAUGUGAUA